AUAGGCUUGCUGUCGAUCUAGAUGUUACAGUUAAACAAUCCUUAACCUCGAUGUAAAACGCAGUGAAGUGUGUAAAAAAAACACUCCUAAAGCACUUUGAGCAUAAUUCUGGAGAUUUGAACAGUGAGAAGUCCACGCGUGAACAAAGCGUGUGUUCGGAUGCCACAAUUCCGGACGGAUAAAAGCCGGUUGGAAAAGGAAAGUCGGUCACCGGUGACCAAUCCUCAAUAAAUCAUUACUUUACACCAACGCACAAACUAUUACCGCCAGGUCUCAGCCCCACAUCUUGAAGAAGGAACAUAUCCCUUGUGUGGGAAAAAAAGCUUGCGACCAGCAACAUAUUUACUUGCACGUUCAUUAAUAACUAACGGAAGUAAAAUUUGAUGUAGUAUCGGUAAAGCACCAACAAGGCUUUUCCAAGCUCUUCAUCAACGUGAGUAGGGCGAAAAAGAGGAAAUUAAGGAUCCGCCGCCGUGUUUCCGCCCUUUUUUUGCCCCUUAGUCUAUCACAUGAUUUUUAAAAAAUAACUAGCUUACCUCGCAUUUUAGCUGACAAUAUAUAAAAUACUUUCAAAAGGUUGUUAUACAAUGUUCCUGAAUAUAAAGUGCGGUCACGAGGAAAGGAAAAUCUUUUUUGUUUUCAGAGACAGAAACCAUAGUCAGCAAAAAGUAAGCCCCUCCGGCGGCAGUUUUUCCCUUCGACCAACCCGCCCGUGCUGGUGAGUUGGAACUCCCCUCGCUCCCGAGCCGGAGAGUGAAGGAGAACUCACCAUGUCGCUCCCGGACCACAUACUGCCCGCUGCCGCGGAACAACCGGAGAAACGCGGAGAAGAAAGGAGCGGGAAGUUGAAACCUUUUGUGGACGAUGAGCAACUUCAGCUUGCUGCGGCUUAUGUUUCCGAUGCUCAGUAUAACAGAAACAUCCAGUUUGAAACGUCACCAAAAGCAAUCCGAUUCUACAAAUUGUAUAAUCAUUGGUCUACACGGGGUGUCACCUACUUUUUUAUUCUUGUGGACCUUUUUCUUGGCCUGUUUGAGGACCCUGCCGUCUAUUUACUGCCACUUUGGGUUACUUCAACCGUAGAAUUUAUUUGUCUGCUGAUGUUUACCAUUCGACUCUGGCAUUUCUCAAAAGUCACUCCCACAAAAGUGUUUUGGAAAGAUGCAAAGAACAUCUGUGUUAUUGUUGGCAUAUUGCUCACAUCAGUGGAUAUGAUUGUAUACUUGGUUUUAGUAGAAAACGGAUAUCCUGCAGUCAGGUGGUCAAGAGUCUUGAGACCACUAUUUUGUGUAAACUUCACUGAAAGUCGUCAGCUCAGAAGGGCCUUCAGGAAUAUCCGCAACACUCUCCCAGAGAUCAGCUAUGUCUUUAUACUCUUUAUGUUCAGUGUUGCGGUGUUUUCCCUUAUGGCUUUGAAGUUGUUUGCAAAAAGAAAACUCACCACAGUAGAAGGAGCGGCAUAUUUCAGUAAUUACUUGGAUGCAUUCUUCAGUCUUUACGUGCUAGUGACAACAGCCAACAGCCCAGACAUCAUGAUGCCUGCCUAUGAGAUCAGCUGGGCUUAUGCAAUAUUCUUUAUCAUUUUUAUAAUAGUGAACACCUAUGUCUUUAUGUCUCUCUUCCUGGCUGUUGUGUACAAUGACUACAAGAAACAUUUGAAGAAUGAAGUAAGAAAGCUAGUUUAUAUGAAGCAUCGGAAAAUGACUGAGGCAUUUAACAUAUUGAAAACAAAGAAUGGAACAGAAUUUUCAGUCCUGGACUCUCAAUGGAGGCAGCUGGUGAAACUGGUGGCACCCGAGAUCCCCAGCUCUCAUCGAGAACUGCUGUGGAGAGUUUUGGAUGAUGAACAGAAAGGCUUUAUAGGAAAAGAGUCUUUCAUCCGCCUGGCAGACCUUCUAAACAUACAGAUUGUUCAGAUGAAGGAGAGGGUCCAUCCGUUGGAGAAAAGCAUACCGACCCUGUAUAACUCCAGAGUGAGCCAGCUCAUCUGCAGGAUGGUCAAGCACCAAGGGUUUCGUUACACAUACGAUGUUAUCAUUGUUAUAAAUGCUAUUUUUAUCGGUGGAGAUGAGACCAAUCCUUUAAUAUCUAAGGCAGAAUGGGCGUUCUUGACCCUCUACGUAAUUGAAAUACUGCUGAAACUCUACGCACACGAACCCAGGGCCUUUUUUGCUAAAUUUCAAUUUUGGAAUUGGUUUGAUACCAUAAUUAUCGUUGCUGCUCUGCUGGGCACCAUAGUCAAUACUACACUAAAAUCAUCUGGCGGGUACAGUAGUCAACAGAUCUUGGAUAUUGUGUUCAUCCUGCGCGUACUUCGAUUAAUCCGGAUCGUCGACAGCUUCCAGAGAUUCAGGAUUUUGCUCAACACACUGGUGAAUCUUAUACCCACAAUGCUAACAUAUGCAGGACUACUUGUGGUUGUAUACUACAUUUUUGCUAUAGUUGGAAUGGAAGCAUUCAAAGGGAGGAUCAAUUUUUACGGUGCUAACUCCAGUGACCCUGCAGCAAAAUAUUGCGGGAAUCCAGCACUGAAGGGUUCACAGUUUGCUACUCUUAGAUAUUGCAAGAACAACUUCAAUAAUCUCCUCUCAGCCUUCAUAUUACUUAUUGAAUUGACAGUGGUCAACCAGUGGCAUGCCCUUGCAACUGGAUUUGUGAAGGUAACUCACUUAACUGCAAGGAUCUUCUUUGUCAUCUUUCAUAUAGUGGUUGUCAUUAUACUAAUCAAUAUCUUCAUAGCAUUUGUUUUGGAAGCUUUUUUUGUGGAGUAUUCAUUGUCCAGGAGUGCCGUUGAAAAUGCUGUUGAGAAGAAAAUUCAAGAGCUUGGAAUGGGAGACUAUGUGGACCAUCCAGCUGGAAACCUAGUUGAAGUUAUGGAAACAAGUGAAAAUGACCUUGGUAAUACUGAUGAUACUGAUUUGAAUUCCAGACUGAGAUUCAGAAUAGCAUCAAUUCGAUACAAGACAGUUGAUGCUUUGUUACAGCACAUGUUCGAAGGGGAACUAAAACCAGAAGAUGAAAUACCAACACUGGAAGAGAUUGAUAACCUUUCACCAGAUGAUUUCCCACCAAAACCACAUACCUUUCAUAAUGUAAUUUAACUUGCUGGUUGUAAAUUUUAUUGAAAUAUUGUACAGAUGGAUAAGAAAUGCUCAUCUUGCUAAUUGAGCAGCAUGUACAUCAGCAUUUAAAUAUAACUGAACUUGCACUUAAAUGUACGAUGAUUUACAUUUGUUAAAUGCAAAUUAGUUUAAUUUGUAGCUGAAAGACAGUAUUAGGUUAUGCUCCCAAAAUUCUAGGUAUUAUAAUAGCCAAUUAACCAGUUGCUAAGAACUGCUGUGUUUUGAGCCAUAUCUUCAAAAUUACCUGCUUAGUAGAUUUCAUUUGAAAAUCAAGCAGUGUAAAUGUACAAGUGCUGUUAUACCUAGUUUCCUCCAUACCAGAACAUUGUUUUUCUUUUCAUGAGAUGUCUGGUCCUAUAGUUCAACCAUAUCAGUAUGCCCUGCCCAUAAAGACACCUACUAGCGCUGUAAUAUUUGACCUUCUGGUGUGCCUGCACCAAUGAAAUAGUGGUCUGUCUCAUCACUGCUGGCUUGAUGCGGAUGGAGUGAACCAACAAGGCACUGGAGAGGCUGGGCUUCAACAUUUUAAGAGAUUGUAUAGGCUGGGUUUAUUAUCCUUGGAGUAGAGGGCUCAGAAGUUUACAGAUCCACUCCAGGGUACGGUAGGGUUCCAUCUUUCCUUAAAUCUACAUCAUCUGAUUUUGAUUUACCAUAAGAGUACAGACCAGGGAUUCCCAACUAUUUUAAUUCCAUGGAGCUUUACCAUUAACAGAGGGUGGCGGGGGUGGAAUCCAGGUUGGAACCUCCGGUCUAGACUAAGUGCUGGUAAAUGAUGGUGGAUCCAAGGAUCUGUUUCUAUGUUGUCUGAGAUUCUGGAAGUUUCUACCUGUUUUAGAGGACUAUAGCUUAGGAUUGCAUCCUCUCUGGUACAAUGAGUGCCAGCUAUUGCUGAGGACUAGUAGUGCUGCCAGACCACUCAGCUUUUCUCAGCUCCUCAUCUGCUGGAGAAUGUGAUGGAACAUGCUAUCUUGCCUCCAGUUAAUAGACCGCCUGUCCCCUGCUCCUUUGGUAACAAGCAUACAGCAGUGAAAUCAUUUUAACUAUCUCACGGCAGGAAUGCCAGCAGAAAAACUAGUCCUCAACCAUGUUUCAUUACCGCAAUGGUAACUAGCACAUCUGUUUAUGGUCCUUCACUGACCCCUUGUAACUAUUGACCCUGGGAAUUCAACCUGCACUGUUUCUAAUGUUAUUUAAACCAGCGGUCCCCAACCACCGGGCCGCGGCAAAACGUUAUGAUUUGGCGAUAUGAGUCAUUCCCUGUCACGCACUGUUGACUUUGAACGCAUGCGAGGUCAUUACUCGCACGUCAUCCAUGUCAGCGCGGGAAGGAGAUCAACUCCUCGAGCUUGCAAAUGACGGCGGGCUGAAAAGUAUGCUUGACAUAACAUCUCUGCUGGUAUUCUGGAUCAAAGUCAAGGCUAAAUAUCUUGAGAUAGCCAUGAAAGCACUGAAAACGUUGCUUCCAUUUCCAACAUAUCUCUGCAAUGAAUGCAACGAAAACUAAAUUGCAGAAUAGACUGGACAUAAGGAACCCUGUUCCAGUGUCGCUGUCUCCCAUUGCCCCUCGACAGGACCGUCUUGUUGCAGGGAAACAAGCUCAGAGCUUCCACUGAUUCAGCGAUAUUGGUGUGUUGCAAUGAUUUUAUAUGUUCAUACGGGGAAAAUAUGUGCUGUGUGUUUAAUUUCCAAAUGUUACUUAAAAUGUUAUGAUGCUAUUGACUUACUUAUAUAACCAUAUAACAAUUACAGCACGGAAGUCUGUGCCAAACACUACUCUCACCUAGUCCCACCAACCUGCACUCAGCCCAUACCCUUCAUUCCUUUCCUGUCCAUAUACCUAUCCAAUUUUUCUUUAAAUGGUAAUAUCGAACCUGCCUCUACCAGUCCUACUAGAAGUUCGUCCAACACUUACUUCAAGCUCCCCUGUCCUCCCCUGAUAAUUGACUUAUCACUAUAUUCAUGCAAGGAAAAUAUGCGCUGUGUUUAAUAUUAAAUUUGUUAGAUUAAAUGCCUUUAGAAACGACAU